AUGGCGGCCGUGGUACCCUUGAGACCCGAGGUCGCGUGUAUCAGCACUCUGCUGUCGCAGAAGGAGAUGGUCUCAGAUAGAGUGGCGGCCUCGGCCAGGAAGGAAGGCCAAGGACGAGACCAGCGCAGGCCUGAUCUACCGGCCUGCCUUGGCCGGGCUGCCGUUUCGAGGCUGCCAACUUCUUUUUCCGGGCAGAUGCCCAGCUGA